GGAUCUGGAAACUAGGUAAAAACAGGACUACUGCAAACGAAAGGGGGAAAAAAGAUGUUGAAGUUUUCUGUGCUGCUACUCUUCCUCAUCUUAUCAGUGUCUGCCAGCAAAAAGCCAAAAUGUUUAAAAGGGCAAUAUCAUAAAUCCAGAGCUACCCCAGAGGCUGACAUGCAGGAAUGCACCAUAUAUGACAAAUCCUCUUGUUGCCAUGCAAACUUUACAAAGGAAUUGGCUCAAUCACCAGUAAUUAAAGUAUAUAACACUUACUGGAACAGAUGUGGAAAUCUCAGUGAAUCCUGUGAAAGUUACAUGAAGAAGAUAGAUUGCUUCUACAUGUGUUCACCACUUGCUGUUCACUGGGAAAAUCGCAACUACUCAGCUGCUAUUGAACACGUUCCCAUCUGCCAAAAAUUCUGUGAUGGCUGGUAUGAUGCUUGUAAAAAUGAUUUAACUUGUGUCAAUAACUGGUUGACAGACUGGGAAAUUGAUGAAAAAGGAGAAAACCAUUGCAAGAAUGAGUGCAUUCCCUACAGCCAGAUGUAUUCCAACGGAACUGACCUGUGUGAGAGCUCGUGGGGGAAUUCACUGAAAGUAAGUGAGUCUACUUGCCGCUGCUUGAACUUGAAUGAAAAUGAUGUCAACUUCUUCAAGUAUAUAAGACAUGACAGUUCCAGUAGCAGCAGCAGCAGCAGCGACAGUAGCAGUGAGGAGCGGGCCUGUCGCAGAAAGAUGAUCAAAUUGGAACAGCUGAAGGAGGCAGAAGAAGAAGGCCUAGAAGAAGACUUAGAGAAAGAUGUGGAGGAAAUUCUGUGAGCCUUUGCCUGUAAUUCAUCUGAAGAUCACCCAGUGGGUCACUAAGUCAGGCAUCAAGGAUAUUCCCUCUCAGCAUUCCUGCACCUUUACCAAAGCAAAAUCAGAAUCUGUGCUG